AUGCCUAUUCGUCGCAGUAAGGUACUAGUAAAAUGGAUCUUCGAGAACCAGCACAAAUUUCAAACAAUACGGUGUUGUAGUUCAUCGCUGCGGUAUAAAGUAUUAGAAGAAAAUACACAAGCGCAUCAGGAACACGUGGCGCCACUCAUGAGCACACCUGACGAAAAGCCACGCCCCCAACUUACGCCGGACAUUUCGUUCAAGCGUGAAGAUUUACAGGUUAGAUUGGCAGCUCCAUACCAAUUGAUACCAAAGCCUGAAACGGUCGAGCUUGGCUUUGGAAAAUAUUUCACAGACCAUAUGAUGAAAAUAAACUACCACAAACAGUUAGGAGGUUGGCAAAAACCAGAAAUAACGCCGUUUGAAAAUUUAAGCAUACAUCCAGCAGCAAAAGCACUACACUAUGCAAUACAAUUAUUUGAGGGCCUUAAAGCGUACAGGGGGGUGGAUGAUAAAAUACGAUUGUUCCGGCCCGAACUAAACAUGGAAAGGAUGAAUUUAGCCGCAGCCAGGUCUGGAUUACCAACAUUUGAUGGGAACGAACUUAUUCAAUGUAUAUCAAGGCUAAUACAAAUAGACCAAGAGUGGGUGCCGCAUUCAGAAACUUCCACGUUAUAUAUACGACCUACCUUAAUAGCAAGUGAGGCUACCUUUGGUAUAAUGGCACCUGAAUCAGCAUUACUGUUCGUGAUAAUGAGUCCAGUGAGCGCUUACUACAAGGCGGGAGGCGAUGGAGCCGUGUCCAUAUUCGCAGAUCCAGCAGUCGUUCGUGCCUUCCCGGGAGGAGUCGGUAAUAGAAAAGUUGGAUCGAACUACGGCCCGACGAUAGAGGCUACGGCACGGGCAGCUAAACUAGGCCACCAGCAAGUGUUGUGGUUGUUCGGCCCUAACCACGAACUGACCGAAGUUGGUGCGAUGAACAUUUUCAUGGUUCAUAUCAAUGACCAAGGAGAUAAACAACUGAGUACUCCGCCAUUGAAUGGUCUCAUCUUGCCUGGUGUAACUCGUCGAUCAAUCAUCGAACUCGCUAGCCAAUGGGAAGACUUAACUGUCAAAGAAGAAGUUAUUACAAUGGAACGGGUUAUUGAACUUAAUAAAAAAGGGCGCCUGUUGGAGAUGUUCGGUGCUGGUACAGCGGUAGUGAUCAGCCCCAUAAGCAGGGUCGGAUUUUUGGACCAUGAUAUUAAUAUACCGACUAUGAAACAAUCUCAGCCAGUAUUUCAACGGGUCAAGGACACGUUGUUGGCCAUACAGUAUGGACAUUUAGAGCAUCCCUUCGCGAAGGUCAUUUCAUAG